AAUUUUCCAGAUUUGGAUCAGAAAGAAACACACCUUCCUAAGGUUAAGAAAUGGGAGACUGGUCCAUUCUUGGCCGUUUCUUAACGGAGGUCCAGAACCACUCCACGGUGAUUGGCAAGAUCUGGCUGACCAUGCUGCUCAUCUUCCGCAUCUUGCUGGUGACCCUGGUGGGGGACGCGGUGUACAGCGACGAGCAGUCCAAGUUCACCUGCAACACCCUGCAGCCCGGCUGCAACAACGUCUGCUAUGACACCUUUGCCCCCGUGUCACACCUGCGCUUCUGGGUCUUCCAGGUUGUCCUGCGGUCCAUCAUGGAGAUAGCCUUCCUAGUGGGCCAGCAAUACCUGUUCGGGUUUGAAGUGCCUCACCUAUUCCGCUGUGAGACCUACCCCUGCCCCAACCGGACUGAUUGUUUUGUAUCUCGUGCCACAGAGAAGACCAUCUUCCUCAACUUUAUGUUCAGCAUCAGCCUGGGUUGCUUCCUCCUGAACAUUGUGGAGGUUCACUACCUGGGCUGGGUCUACAUUUUCCGUGUGCUGUGUUCGGCCUGCUCCAAGUGCUGCGGGCCGGAGAAGAGCCCUACGGACCUGUAUCCCGGCCCCAACCCUCUGCUGCUGCAGCUCAGACACUCGCUACGGGGCAGGGUGCUCCUGCAGACCCCUCCACCCAUGUCCCAGGAGAAGAGAUGUGGUGCGUUGCCCACCCACACCCCAGCAAUCUCAUUUGAGACGGACUCUAUGGUAGAGUGUACUUCCAAGAGGAGCCCAGAUGAGAAAGAACGUACAAGGGCAAAACUGGCCAGUAUGGCUAAAACAGGCAGAGGCAAGAAGUCCUGGUUGUGA